AUAAUUAGAAAUCGGCACAUUCCACCAAGGGAAGACCAUAUUGGGCGGCAGUCGAGAUAAGACCGAUACGGCACUGUGCGGUUCAGUGCCUUGCACUCGAAGCUUGAGGCGGCGAACUCAAAUGGAUUGCACAGACCGGUACCUUUACACGGUAAGAAAAAAUUUAGGUUCCCACUUACCCUCAAAAUUUCCGCUCCAAUCCCCGCCAUCAAGGUUCUAGACAACGGGCGGUGCGGAAUCGAGAAAACAACUAAAAAAAACUAAAAAACUACAAACCUUUAAAAGUACCAUUUGGAAACGAACAUCACAGCAGAAGAGGGAAAGAAAUGGCGUCUAGAUCAAAGACCAAGACCGAGACGACCCAAGGGGCUGGCGAUGAAGCCGCUUCCAUGUCCGAUGCGCCGACGUCUCACCAGCCCACAACAGAAGAGGUCGACGAGUCCAUGGCGGACCCAAACGAGGACGAGGCUGCGGCAGAGGCCGAAAACGAAGAGGACAUGCUGCCAGAGGAACUUCAGAGGGUCAGAAUCCUUCCUGGAUCAACAGAACAUGCUGCUUCGUUCGAGUUUCUCGAGGAAGGGCAUACACUUGGCAAUGCCUUGAGGUUUAUUAUCAACAGAAACCCUGAUGUUGAGCUCUGCGCCUACGCCAUUCCACAUCCCUCCGAGCCAAAGAUGAACGUGAGAAUUCAGACUUUUGAGGGGACAACUGCAAUCGAGGCUUUGACGAAAGGGCUGAGAGAUCUGCAGGACGUUUGCGACGUGGUGACAGACAAAUUCGUAGAUGCCCGGCAGGAAUUUGCAGCGGGCGUCACCGCGUAGCGCUUCUUCAAUUGGUGGACAAACCGGCACGCACAGGUGGGAUAGGGGCGUUUUGGCGUAGACAUUGAUAAUAAUUACGCAUAGCAUAGACGGGGCAGGGAACUCAACACGUGAAUGGGCGUGUGCAAAAGAACAAAAACAAAAAGGAA